AUGUCUGCCACGAUCCCCCGGAGGAAGAAACGCAAACGGCACCGUCGCAAGGGAGGCCGAAGCAAACUCCCUGGUCUUCCGAUGCACCUGCGUCCACCGCUGGACACCAUGGACAUGGACGCACGCCUCAUGAUCUCACGAUACUGCCCAACCUCUUACACGCCCAGUCCCCAGUUCCUCCGCGAUCCCCGCUUGCGGACGUUCGCGUGCGCACUCCUCGUGGUCUGUCUCGAACUCAAUGCACGAGGUACAAUGCGGUGGUGGAUGUGCGAGCCUAUCGCCUUCUACCACCGUCUAGUCCCGGCAUACUGGGAGUAUGACCACACCCACCUCCAGGCCAUCUUCCACCGCCUCCUCAGCGUCUUCAAACGCCGUGCAGCCCACCUCUGGCACCGAGACGUCCGCGUCGCGCGGGGCGGCAAGAUGUCCCGCUUGCGCACGGUCCUGAAGCGGGCGCUAUGGGAGGCCCCAAACCUGAAGCUGGAAAGUAUGUGCCGGUGGCAACAUUUGUGGUCGUUCCUGCGGUCGUGUGCGGCUGAUGUCCGCAACGCCAAGCUGUUCUGGCCCCUCCCUGAGCCAGCUACAUUUAUCGACCCAGCCCAAAUCCCGCUCUGCAUGCCAGAUUUGCCGUCAAGGGCGCAUCCCGAGGAGGACAAGUUGGAGCGCAUGGAGAGUAGAGAUGAGGAGAGUGAGGUCGAGGUCAUUGAGGUCGACGACAGUGAUGAGGGAUCAGAAGACUAG